GGUUACUCGCCAACAACGCACAUCAAAUCCAAAAAAAAAAAACAAAAAAAGUCCCCAAAAAACCCAACCAUAAAACGUAUAAAUAAUAUCAGGGCAAAGAAUACAAAUACUACCAUUCGUAGGCCCCGAAUAUGUGAUAUAACCGCGGAAAUUGUCUUAACACUUAUCUGCGAAUUCGGUCACCGCGCUUCUUCGCUACCUUUAUAUACAGAUACAGAUAGAGCUACAGAUACAGCCACAGACACAGAUAUACUUAUAUUUAUCAUUGUCCGCGAGUGGAGCUCUUAUCAAAUCAACAAACGGCUUAUAUGGCGAACCGCAAUAACGAAAUGGGCAAACAAAUUCCCCCCCUCCAAUAGCCCACUUAUAUAUUACGGUUAUACUCGUAUGCGUAUGUACAAACGGAAAGUAAACAAUCCAAAUAAAACUUGGCUAAAACAAACCUGUCGCCGCUCCAGUCGCAGUCACUGUCCCAGUCGCAUUCGCAUUCCCAGUCGGAGUCAAUCGUUAACUUGAAGAUCGUUUCCAGUGGAGGGAGCCCUUGGUUUAGUCCGCGCCUCGUGAUCUUAAUCAGUUCGGUUUGGUUAUACCCAUAUUGUCGCAGUCGGAAUUGUUUCAAAUAUAGCGUCAUGCUUUUGGGAUUGUUGUCGUUUUCGGGCUGAGAUUGUGCUGGGCGGCGGGAUUGACUGACUGACUGCCGGGGAGGUGGUGACGGCAAUUAGCGAGUUCAUGUGGCAAACACCUCGAAAGAAUCACGUACCGAAAGAGUAUAUUUCCCAAAAGUGAUUGAUUGUAAUCGUUGUUUGUACACACAACACAAUAUAUGUACGGACGCGUGGAAACAAAAGCGGAGAAAACCCUCAAAAUUGUGUGUGCUGCAAGCGUUUGAUACGCCCCUACAUACGCCUCAUGCAGCUGCCAAUCUAUCGUCCCGCAGCCGCCAACCUGCUGCUGGGCCUGACUUCGGUGGUGGGACUCGUCGGCGGGGCCUACCUGCUCCAAUGUGGCGCCCAGCGUCUUCUUGGUAAAAUAGCCGAUAGGAAGUGGAAGAAGGAGGAGGCCAGCGAGCAGCAGAGCUGCAAUGUCUGCUGUGCAGACUUGGACCAGAGCAGUCCCAAAACCUAUGUGACAUGCUGUACAUGCGGAAAGUACGUUUGCCGCGGCCCCAAAUGCGCUGACUGGCGGCCCAAGGAUGCCGACUGGGAGUGCCAGCUGUGCCACAGCUCCAAGGAGUCGCUGGCCCACACCUCCUCCUGGGUGGCGGAGCAGAUGUCCUUUAACCAGCACAAGUUCGUGUAUCCGAUGCGGGCUCGCAGCGAGGUCUACAUACCCAUCACUGGCGAUGGUGAUGGCGAUGCCAAUGACAGCACAAUGCACAUUGAGAGCAUCAGCCAGAUAGGGCAGAGCGUUCAUCUCGACGAGCGCGCCAAGAUUCGUGCAUAUGUGGAGGAAAUCGUGGCGGAGAUGUUGGGCGGCAGUCUGGAUCACAUCAAAGUGGGACAAUUGUCCAAAAGCGAAAACUACUUGCAAUUCUUCCACAAAUUUCAUGCGAAACUUUCGAACCUGCUUAUCAAUGUGGAGAGCGACCUGCUCAAGGGAGAUCUGCCGGCCAUUGUCAAUGGGAGCAACAGCAACAGCAACAAUAACAACAAUGGAGACUCCGAGUCUCUGGCAGACAUCUCGCAGACCCGUCUACGGAGUCUCAUCGAGACCAUCAUAGCGGAGACGCUGCGCAACAGUGCCCUGAGCGUGAGCGGAGCCGUCUCGGAGAUCAGCCUGGACACCCGCUCGCUGGCCGCCGAGCUGCCGAACAAUGGGAAUGGGCAGAAGCGCCGACAUCGCACGGAGCACUACUUCGAGCCGAAGAUUUAUCAGGAUCUGCUGGCCACAGCGGUGCUCAAUAAGAUUGCCGAUAAGGAAGGGAACACAAGGUUAAUAUCGGUGAGCACACCAGACUUGAGUGGUCACCUCAUUGAUGAGAAUUACAAUGCCGAAGCGUUGAGCACCACGUCCGGUAGUUCCAUUGAGCCCCGAAGCGAUUGCAGCCUCACCGACCAUGAAUUGGCCCUGGAUACUGGCAAAUCCCAGUCCCUGCAGGCGGAUUUGGAGCGUGAAUCGGUUUUGAGUGAUUAUAUAGCCGCCCACAUGGUUCCCCUUCCGGACUUUUCGGCAUCUGUUACUGAAUCGGAGGAUGAUGUUGGAUCAAUCUCCUCGAGCAUGAUCGGCGAUGGCACUUGGGAGGAUAACUGGCUAUUCAAGAAGAAACGCAGCUCCGUGCAGAGCUCGGUCACGCCGAGCAGCAUUGGCAUGCUGGUGCCGGCUCCCAUGGAGAAUGUGCGUGCCCAAAUCGGCGAUAGGACUGCGGACGAGGUCAGCGAUCUGUCGGAGCUGGGAUCGGAUGUGGAGGACAAUUCGCUUGAUUUGCUGCGCUGCAACGAUCUAAACGAUCGCCUGCUGAGCAAGCAUCUGAUCGGUGGUCAGAACACAAAACUUGUGCUAGACGAGCUCGUAGAUCGGACCAGCCUGAUCUCCCACACCCUACCGGAGGAGCAUGAGCCCGCAUUUACGGAAACCACAAACACGUUCGUCGUAGCAUCCUCGGCCGCGCCAUCUGAUAUUAUAGUUUCACUACCAUCACCCAUGGUGUUUCAAGAUGACUCACUGAACGAGGAGCUGGUCCAGACUCCCAUUGCAGCCCAAGGCGAAACUGACGAACUGGCCAGCCUCGAAGGUUGCAUUGGUUACAGCACAGUAGAAUACAUUGAUGAAGAGCAGAUGCGCCAAACCACACCGUCAGUUAUCGAGAUACUAGCCGCCAUUGCCUUGGGACCGAUGCUAGCAGUCCCAGCAUCGGAGCAGCCGGGGGUCAUAACUCCGAGUGAGAUGCAUACACUCAAGGAGCUAAGCGACUUGGCGCUGGCCGAAAUAAACGCUCGCACAAUGGACCUGGCGCACCAUUCACUUGACAUCAUAGAAGAGGAGACAACCGAAUUGAUGCCGUUGACCGGGAGUGUCUCAGAACCUUCCACUAUAAAUGUCCAUCCAUCAACUCUGACAGACCCAACAACAAACCACCAUUCUACAGAAACAACAGCCGCCCAGGAGCCAAAAGUGGUACCAAAACCUACCAUAGACAGUGAUGCGCCCAUACAUAACCCAUCGACAACAGAAAUUCUAACAGAAGAUAAACCAGCAGCAUUGGAUCCUCCGGCAGCAGUGGAAAUCAGUCCAGACGCAGAAAACGUAGCUGUGGUUUCUCCGGAAACAGUGGAAAUUACUCCAGAGACUGAAACUGUAGCUGUGGAUCCUCCGGCGCCAGUGGAAAUCAUGUCAGAAACAGCAACCGUAGCUGUGGAUCCGGCAGCUGCACUGGAAAUCGCUCCAGCCGCAGAAACCGUAGCUGUGGAUCCUCCCGCACCAGUGGAAAUCAUUCCGGAAACGGAAAUCGUAGCUGUGCAUCUACCAGCAGCAGGGGAAAUCAGUCCUGAAACGGACACUAUUGCUGUUGAUCCUGCUCCUCCAGCAGCAGUGGAAAUCACUCCAGCAGCAGAAACUGUAGCUGUGGAUCCUCCAGCAGCAGUGGAAAUCAUUACAGAACCUGAAACCGUAGCUGUGGAUCCUCAGGCAGCAGCAUUGGAAAUCAUUCCAGACGCAGAAACCGUAGCUGUGGAUCCUCCCGCACCAGUGGAAAUCAUUCCGGAAACAGAAACUGUUGCUGCUGAUCCUGCUCCUCCAGCAGCAGUGGAAAUCACUCCAGCAGCAGAAACUGUAGCUGUGGAUCCUCCAGCAGCAGUGGAAAUCAUUACAGAACCUGAAACCGUAGCUGUGGAUCCUCAGGCAGCAGCAUUGGAAAUCAUUCCAGACGCAGAAACCGUAGCUGUGGAUCCUCCCGCACCAGUGGAAAUCAUUCCGGAAACAGAAACUGUUGCUGCUGAUCCUGCUCCUCCAGCAGCAGUGGAAAUCACUCCAGCAGCAGAAACUGUAGCUGUGGAUCCUCCAGCAGCAGCGGAAAUCAGUCCGGAAACGGAAAUCGUAGCUGUAGAUCCGCCAGCUGCAUUGGAAAUCACUCCAGCCGCAGAAACCGUAGCUGUGGAUCCUCCAGCAGCAGUGGUAAUCAUUCCGGAAACGGAAAUCGUAGCUGUGGGUCCUCCAGCAGCAGUGGAAAUCAUGUCAGAAACAGCAACCGUAGCUGUGGAUCCGGCAGCUGCACUGGAAAUCGCUCCAGCCGCAGAAACCGUAGCUGUGGAUCCUCCAGCAGCAGCGGAAAUCAUUCCGGAAACGGAAAUCGUAGCUGUGGAUCUGCCAGCUGCAUUGGAAAUCACUCCAGCCGCAGAAACCGUAGCUGUGGAUCCUCCAGCAGCAGUGGUAAUCAUUCCGGAAACGGAAAUCGUAGCUGUGGGUCCUCCAGCAGCAGUGGAAAUCAUGUCAGAAACAGCAACCGUAGCUGUGGAUCCGGCAGCUGCACUGGAAAUCGCUCCAGCCGCAGAAACCGUAGCUGUGGAUCCUCCAGCAGCAGCGGAAAUCAUUCCGGAAACGGAAAUCGUAGCUGUGGAUCCUCCAGCAGCAGCUGAAAUCAUUCCGGAAACGGAAAUCGUAGCUGUGGAUCUGCCAGCUGCAUUGGAAAUCACUCCAGCCGCAGAAACCGUAGCUGUGGAUCCUCAGGCAGCAGCAUUGGAAAUCAUUCCAGACGCAGAAACCGUAGCUGUGGAUCCUCCCGCACCAGUGGAAAUCAUUCCGGAAGCAGAAACUGUUGCUGUUGACCCUGCUCCUCCAGUAGCAGUGGAAAUCACUCCAGCAGCAGAAACUGUAGCUGUGGAUCCUCCAGCAGCAGCGGAGAUCAUUCCGGAAACGGAAAUCGUAGCUGUGGAUCCGCCAGCUGCAUUGGAAAUCACUCCAGCCGCAGAAACCGUAGCUGUGGAUCCUCAGGCAGCAGCAUUGGAAAUCAUUCCAGACGCAGAAAUCGUAGCUGUGGAUCUUUCAGAAGCAGCGGAGAUCAUUCCGGAAACGGAAAUCGUAGCUGUGGAUCUGCCAGCUGCAUUGGAAAUCACUCCAGCCGCAGAAACCGUAGCUGUGGAUCCUCAGGCAGCAGCAUUGGAAAUCAUUCCAGACGCAGAAACCGUAGCUGUGGAUCUUUCAGAAGCAGCGGAGAUCAUUCCGGAAACGGAAAUCGUAGCUGUGGACCCGCCAGCUGCAUUGGAAAUCACUCCAGCCGCUGAAACCGUAGCUGUGGAUCCUCAGGCAGCAGCACUGGAAAUCAUUCCAGACGCAGAAACCGUAGCUGUGGAUCCUCCCGCACCAGUGGAAAUCAUUCCAGAAACAGAAACUGUUGCUGCUGAUCCUGCUCCUCCAGCAGCAGUGGAAAUAACUCCAGCAUCAGAAACUGUAGCUGUGGAUCUUCCAGCAGCAGCGGAGAUCAUUCCGGAAACGGAAAUCGUAGCUGUGGAUCUGCCAGCUGCAUUGGAAAUCACCCCAGCCGCUGAAACCGUAGCUGUGGAUCCUCAGGCAGCAGCAUUGGAAAUCAUUCCAGACGCAGAAACCGUAGCUGUGGAUCCCCCCGCACCAGUGGAAAUCAUUCCAGAAACAGAAACUGUUGCUGCUGAUCCUGCUCCUCCAGCAGCAGUGGAAAUCACUCCAGCAGCAGAAACUGUAGCUGUGGAUCCUCCAGCAGCAGCGGAAAUCAUUCCGGAAACGGAAAUCGUAGCUGUGGAUUUGCCAGCUGCAUUGGAAAUCACUCCAGCCGCUGAAACCGUAGCUGUGGAUCCUCAGGCAGCAGCAUUGGAAAUCAUUCCAGACGCAGAAACCGUAGCUGUGGAUCCCCCCGCACCAGUGGAAAUCAUUCCAGAAACAGAAACUGUUGCUGCUGAUCCUGCUCCUCCAGCAGCAGUGGAAAUCACUCCAGCAGCAGAAACUGUAGCUGUGGAUCCUCCAGCAGCAGCGGAAAUCAUUCCGGAAACGGAAAUCGUAGCUGUGGAUUUGCCAGCUGCAUUGGAAAUCACUCCAGCCGCUGAAACCGUAGCUGUGGAUCCUCAGGCAGCAGCAUUGGAAAUCAUUCCAGACGCAGAAACCGUAGCUGUGGAUCCCCCCGCACCAGUGGAAAUCAUUCCAGAAACAGAAACUGUUGCUGCUGAUCCUGCUCCUCCAGCAGCAGUGGAAAUCACUCCAGCAGCAGAAACUCUAGCUGUGGAUCCUCCAGCAGCAGCGGAGAUCAUUCCGGAAACGGAAAUCGUAGCUGUGGAUCCGCCAGCUGCAUUGGAAAUCACUCCAGCCGCAGAAACCGUAGCUGUGGAUCCUCAGGCAGCAGCAUUGGAAAUCAUUCCAGACGCAGAAACCGUAGCUGUGGAUCUUUCAGAAGCAGCGGAGAUCAUUCCGGAAACGGAAAUCGUAGUUGUGGACCCGCCAGCUGCAAUGGAAAUCACUCCAGCCGCUGAAACCGUAGCUGUGGAUCCUCAGGCAGCAGCACUGGAAAUCAUUCCAGACGCAGAAACCGUAGCUGUGGAUCCUCCCGCACCAGUGGAAAUCAUUCCAGAAACAGAAACUGUUGCUGCUGAUCCUGCUCCUCCAGCAGCAGUGGAAAUAACUCCAGCAGCAGAAACUGUAGCUGUGGAUCUUCCAGCAGCAGCGGAGAUCAUUCCGGAAACGGAAAUCGUAGCUGUGGAUCUGCCAGCUGCAUUGGAAAUCACUCCAGCCGCUGAAACCGUAGCUGUGGAUCCUCAGGCAGCAGCACUGGAAAUCAUUCCAGACGCAGAAACCGUAGCUGUGGAUCUUUCAGAAGCAGCGGAGAUCAUUCCGGAAACGGAAAUCGUAGCUGUGGAUCUGCCAGCUGCAUUGGAAAUCACUCCAGCCGCAGAAACCGUAGCUGUGGAUCCUCCCGCACCAGUGGAAAUCAUUCCGGAAACAGAAACUGUUGCUGCUGAUCCUGCUCCUCCAGCAGCAGUGGAAAUCACUCCAGCAGCAGAAACUGUAGCUGUGGAUCCUCCAGCAGCAGCGGAGAUCAUUCCGGAAACGGAAAUCGUAGCUGUGGAUCCGCCAGCUGCAUUGGAAAUCACUCCAGCCGCAGAAACCGUAGCUGUGGAUCCUCAGGCAGCAGCAUUGGAAAUCAUUCCAGACGCAGAAACCGUAGCUGUGGAUCUUUCAGAAACAGCGGAGAUCAUUCCGGAAACGGAAAUCGUAGCUGUGGACCCGCCAGCUGCAUUGGAAAUCACUCCAGCCGCUGAAACCGUAGCUGUGGAUCCUCAGGCAGCAGCACUGGAAAUCAUUCCAGACGCAGAAACCGUAGCUGUGGAUCCUCCCGCACCAGUGGAAAUCAUUCCAGAAACAGAAACUGUUGCUGCUGAUCCUGCUCCUCCAGCAGCAGUGGAAAUCACUCCAGCAGCAGAAACUGUAGCUGUGGAUCCUCCAGCAGCAGCGGAAAUCAUUCCGGAAACGGAAAUCGUAGCUGUGGAUCCGCCAGCUGCAUUGGAAAUCACUCCAGCCGCAGAAACCGUAGCUGUGGAUCCACAGGCAGCAGCACUGGAAAUCAUUCCAGACGCAGAAACCGUAGCUGUGGAUCUUCCAGCAGCAGCCGAAAUCAUUCCGGAAACGGACACUGUUGCUGUUGAUCCUGCUCCUCCAGCAGCAUUGGAAAUCACUCCAGCCGCAGAAACCGUAGCUGUGGAUCCUCCCGCACCAGUGGAAAUCAUUCCGGAAACAGAAACUGUUGCUGCUGACCCUGCUCCUCCAGCAGCAGUGGAAAUCACUCCAGCAGCAGAAACUGUAGCUUUGGAUCCUCCAGCAGCAGCGGAAAUCAUUCCGGAAACGGAAAUCGUAGCUGUGGAUCUGCCAGCUGCAUUGGAAAUCACUCCAGCCGCUGAAACCGUAGCUGUGGAUCCUCAGGCAGCAGCAUUGGAAAUCAUUCCAGACGCAGAAACCGUAGCUGUGGAUCUUUCAGAAGCAGCGGAGAUCAUUCCGGAAACGGAAAUCGUAGCUGUGGAUCUGCCAGCUGCAUUGGAAAUCACUCCAGCCGCUGAAACCGUAGCUGUGGAUCCUCAGGCAGCAGCACUGGAAAUCAUUCCAGACGCAGAAACCGUAGCUGUGGAUCCUCCCGCACCAGUAGAAAUCAAUCCAGAAACAGAAACUGUUGCUGCUGACCCUGCUCCUCUAGCAGCAUUGGAAAUCACUCCAGCAGCAGAAACUGUAGCUGUGGAUCCUCCAGCAGCAGCGGAAAUCAUUCCGGAAACGGACACUGUUGCUGUUGAUCCUGCUCCUCCAGCAGCAUUGGAAAUCAUUCCAGCCGCAGAAACCGUAGCUGUGGAUCCUCCCGCACCAGUGGAAAUCAUUCCGGAAACAGAAACUGUUGCUGCUGACCCUGCUCCUCCAGCAGCAGUGGAAAUCACUCCAGCAGCAGAAACUGUAGCUUUGGAUCCUCCAGCAGCAGCGGAAAUCAUUCCGGAAACGGAAAUCGUAGCUGUGGAUCUGCCAGCUGCAUUGGAAAUCACUCCAGCCGCUGAAACCGUAGCUGUGGAUCCUCAGGCAGCAGCAUUGGAAAUCAUUCCAGACGCAGAAACCGUAGCUGUGGAUCUUUCAGAAGCAGCGGAGAUCAUUCCGGAAACGGAAAUCGUAGCUGUGGAUCUGCCAGCUGCAUUGGAAAUCACUCCAGCCGCUGAAACCGUAGCUGUGGAUCCUCAGGCAGCAGCACUGGAAAUCAUUCCAGACGCAGAAACCGUAGCUGUGGAUCCUCCCGCACCAGUAGAAAUCAAUCCAGAAACAGAAACUGUUGCUGCUGACCCUGCUCCUCUAGCAGCAUUGGAAAUCACUCCAGCAGCAGAAACUGUAGCUGUGGAUCUUCCAGCAGCAGCCGAAAUCAUUCCGGAAACGGACACUGUUGCUGUUGAUCCUGCUCCUCCAGCAGCAUUGGAAAUCACUCCAGCCGCAGAAACCGUAGCUGUGGAUCCUCCCGCACCAGUGGAAAUCAUUCCGGAAACAGAAACUGUUGCUGCUGACCCUGCUCCUCCAGCAGCAGUGGAAAUCACUCCAGCAGCAGAAACUGUAGCUUUGGAUCCUCCAGCAGCAGCGGAAAUCAUUCCGGAAACGGAAAUCGUAGCUGUGGAUCUGCCAGCUGCAUUGGAAAUCACUCCAGCCGCUGAAACCGUAGCUGUGGAUCCUCAGGCAGCAGCAUUGGAAAUCAUUCCAGACGCAGAAACCGUAGCUGUGGAUCUUUCAGAAGCAGCGGAGAUCAUUCCGGAAACGGAAAUCGUAGCUGUGGAUCUGCCAGCUGCAUUGGAAAUCACUCCAGCCGCUGAAACCGUAGCUGUGGAUCCUCAGGCAGCAGCACUGGAAAUCAUUCCAGACGCAGAAACCGUAGCUGUGGAUCCUCCCGCACCAGUAGAAAUCAAUCCAGAAACAGAAACUGUUGCUGCUGACCCUGCUCCUCCAGCAGCAUUGGAAAUCACUCCAGCAGCAGAAACUGUAGCUGUGGAUCCUCCAGCAGCAGCGGAAAGCAUUCCGGAAACGGAAAUCGUAGCUGUGGAUCUGCCAGCUACAUUGGAAAUCGCUCCAGCCGCAGAAACCGUAGCUGUGGAUCCUCCAGCAGCAGUGGAAAUCAUUACAGAACCUGAAACCGUAGCUGUUGAUCCUCAGGCAGCAGCAUUGGAAAUCGCUCCAGCCGCAGAAACCGUAGCUGUGGAUCCUCCUGCACCAGUGGAAAUCAUUCCGGAAACAGAAACUGUUGCUGUUGAUCCUUCUCCUCCAGCAGUAGUGGAAAUCAUUGCAGAGACAGAAUCGGUGGUUUUGGUUCCUACCGGUGCAGUGGAAUUCAUUCCGGAGACACAAACUAAAGCUGAGGAAAUACCAGCUGUUGAAGUGGAGGCUAAGAGCGUUUCAGACCUUGGUCCGAAUGCUUUAAUCGACGAUACGCAGUUGUUAAGUUGUGUUCCGAAACCGCUAAAAGAGUCAGAUAACAUGGACGCAUCAACAUUGGAACCAUCAUCGGAAUGCAUUCCAGCGCAAACAUCCGUAGAAUACACUAAGAGCGAUAGUUCCGCUCUAGGUUCCAUUGCUGAGCGCGAGGUCAAGAAGUGGUACAAUGCCGUCGAAAUGCCCAACAACCCUUAUGCGCCCGACGCUCUGAAGCAGCGUAUCAGUGGCACCCAGGAGCGGUACAUGGAUGUGCCAAAUAUCAGUCCCAGUGCCGAGCAGAAGGCUCUGGCCGCCGCCCUCACUGAAGAUGGCGACCCGGCGCCACCUUCAACCGACUACCAACGCUACAGCCGCGACUACUACAUCAACAAUGCCCCCAAUGGCACAGAAGUAAACGGAAUCGUACGGAGAGCAUCGUCCGGCGCAGAGAAGCAGCCGUCCGCAGAGGAUGUUGAGCAGGACAUAGUUAUCACCGAGGCGGCUCAAAACGCAAGCACAACUGCAAAAGAGCAGGAUAAGGAACAGGAAUCAGUUGCGGCUAACGUUUACACGGCCUUGCCAGCUCAGGUAUUUGACGAUUUGCUAGAGACCCAGUCGAACCCAUCGCUUCACUCCCUGCAAACAACGACAACCACCAGCGAUGAAUCCGAAACGGUGCGCGUCUACGACUUUAACAAGCAGGAGACCACGGUCAUCAGACCUGCCCCUGCGGAGCAGCAGCCGAGCUCCUCCACGACAUCAUCCAUGGAGUCAGCUCAGAGCGCAUCGGUGUCCUCUUCCUCCAUAGACGCAUCUGUGUCCAAAAAGCGUGAGCGACCAGUUGUCCUACAGUUUGGCCCUGCCGACUCGGUACCCACAAUCGGUUCGCCAGUGAACACCCCCACAAGAGGCUCAACGCCCCCGGCGUUCCGCUUUCUCCAGCCAAAACGACGCCUCAUCGAGCCGAGUCAAGUGUUGUCUGUGGACGAAGAUGAUGUGAUGGAGCCUAAUACACCCGUCGCCGAGAAGCCCGCCGUAGAAGAUGAGGUGGUGCAUGCAAUGCCGUCAGUGAAAGCUCUGGCCCAGGCCUUCCUCUUGACCAGCAAAGCCCAGCAAGCCGAGCGACGAUGGCGAUCAAAGGUUCGGCUAUCCUUACCAGCUGAUACGUCAGACAAGUCUCCUACCUCCCUAGCACGGCGACACAAGCUGGAGCAUGCUGUUUCCAUGGCAGAGGUAGCCGAUGAAUCCACGAUCGCCUCUGACUUAUCAUCCCUCGAAACGGAUCCAUCUAUUCAAUCGGACGGUUCCACGAACCCACCUAUCGCCUCUCCUGUGACCCCAGUCCCCGUACGUCAUGGCUUUCUCCGGAGCAAUAUUGCUUUCUUUGAGAACUUAAAGUUUAAGUGAAUAAGCGAAGGGGAUGAGAUGUGCCUCCAUUGGUGGAUAUUCCUUGAGUAAUAUGCACGGUAAUGGUAAAGCACUCCACGCAUCGUCACCAAAAAUUAUGUGCCAUGGCCAUGGCCAGCAUUUCCCAGCCAGAGACCUACCACACACACACAACAAUGUACUUAACUUCAAUUGUUACUUGUAGUCCGUAUUUAUUAUUAAUAACCAUUAUAUCCAUGGAUACUUUUUUUUUUAGCCCUAAGAUAUGUAUUAUGUAUGUAUGUACUUAUAAGGCGUAACAGAGCUAUUUAAAGUUUUACCAAGAAAUGUUACAUUUUACCCGUACGUGUUUAACUGUUGCAUACUUCUAAUCAAUAAAUCUUACAUAGACUCAAAGCUCUUUUGGAGUUCUCACAACUGAAAUUCA